AUGUACCUCGAAGACAGGACAGUGCGAUUACAGCUCUGGGACACAGCCGGGCAAGAGCGAUUCAGGAGCUUGAUCCCAUCCUACAUCCGGGACUCGAGCGUGGCGGUGGUAGUGUACGACAUCUCAAACGCAAAAAGCUUCCAGAACACGCGAAAAUGGAUCGACGACGUGCGAGCAGAGCGGGGCAACGACGUGAUCAUCGUGUUGGUGGGCAACAAGACGGACCUCAACGACAAGCGCGAGGUGACGACGCAGCAGGGCGAGGACGAGGCCAAGCGCAACAACCUCAUGUUCGUCGAGACGAGCGCCAAGCUGGGCCACAACGUCAAGACCCUCUUCAAGAGGAUAGCCCAGGCCCUCCCCGGCAUGGAGGGCGCCGACGCCGUCGCCCAGGCCGCCAACCAGAUGAUCGACGUCAAGACCCCCGCCGCACCGGCCCAGCAGGAGGGGUGCGCUUGUUAG